AAGACAAACUGGGAAAGCCUUUCACCAUCUGAGAAGAGGGGCAGCAUUUAAAAAAAAUCAACAGCACUAAGGUGAAAAAAAUCUACUGGUCAGCAUCUGCGCCAAAGACUCGACAGAUCCGCCUUGAAAUCCGAGAAAACACAAGGGAAUUAAAACAGAAACGCAGGAGUACAAGUCAAGCUAGGGCAUCACUAACGAUAGUUGGAACCCAAAACCGUCAUUACAUAUUCGUGACAACGAAAAACCAGCCUGCAACCUGCUGCCCCUGCCGUCAAGGUGCCUUUACCAUGGUGACACUAAAAGAAUCAUACACUUUACAAUAAGCCAGAGGAAGAACUCCUUGUUACAGUUGCAUUGCCUCACUUUCAGCAUCAUCUUGAUCACUUUGCUCCCACGACGGCGCUAAUCUGGUGCAGCCAUGCAUCUAGAAGUUAAGGUCGCCCUCAACUUCAUCGUGUCCUACCUGUACAACAAGCUGCCUCGGCGUCGAGCCGACCUGUUUGGCGAGGAGCUGGAGAGGAUACUGGUGUCUCGUUUUGAGGGUCACUGGUACCCUGAGGCCCCUCUCAGGGGUUCUGCCUUCCGCUGCAUUCACCUGGGAGCGCCGAGGGACCCAGUGGUGGAGUUGGCCGCCAAGAGAAGUGGACUGGACACGGAAGAAGUGCGCGCAAAUGUUCCUGCAGAACUCAGUGUGUGGAUUGACCCUUACGAGGUGUCCUACCAGAUUGGAGAGAAGGGGGCAGUGAAGGUUCUCUACCUGGAGGACCCUCCAGGCCUCGGCUGUGACAGUGAGAGGGCUGAGGGGGUGAUCAGAGAGGGUAAGGGAGAUGCAGAGGUGGAGGAGGCCAAGAGUCUGGGCUUCAACCCAGAUGCUCAGGUGUUUGUGCCAGUUGGAAGCCAGGCAUCUCCGGCCCUCAUGCCAUCGCUCUCUAGCUCUCCCACACCUCUGUCUGCCCAGUCCUGCUCCGGGCUCUUCAGCUACCCCAGCUCCAGCACGCCCACCGACCCUGCCGCCCACUCCUCCAACACCUCUACCCCUUCUCCUCCCAGCGGCGGAUUGCCCUACCUCUCCACUCAGCAGCCACCCUCUGCUCUUCCCGCUGCCCGUCCUCAGCCCAUCACCUUCACCACCGCCAGCUUCGCCGCCACUAAAUUCGGCUCAACCAAGAUGAAGAAGUGCAGUGGGGCCGGGUCGGCAGCCGGCUCUGCAGUCAGCUUACCGCCUGCCCAGAGGAUGCUGUCCCGCUCUCCCACCACCAUCUCUGCCCCAGAGCUGCUCAAGCACAAGCCCCUGUCCCUCUCCUUGCACUCCCUCGGAGGUCCCAUCGCCAGCCAGCUCUCUCCCAACGCCAAAGAGUUUGUCUACCCAGGAUCCCCAGGCCCCCUUUACUUCGAUGCUGACACCCAGCCCAUGCAGCCUCACGCCAGCCCAUUCCAACCCCCCCACACUGUUAAUGCCCAUCCAUCCUUUGACCCCUUCUCCAGCCCUCCUCCUGCCCAGAGCGUGGGCAUCAUUGGCAGCAACGGAGGAAUCCCCUACAUUGAGAAGCCGCCGUUUGUCGAGGGUUUAGGAAGCUACAACCUGCAAUAUCCCAGCCAGUCCUUCCAGCCCGUCGUGCUGGCCAACUAAGCCUUCAUUUGUAAUGAUAAGAAUUGUAGGUGGAGGAGGUGGGUGUUGGACAAUGACGCUCCAGAUAUUUUCAGUUUUUCUAACGAAUUGUUCUAAUACUAAUACAAGUUAAGAAUUAGUUUUACUACAAAGAUUUAAAAUAACAUGUCCACUGAAUACUUCAUGUGAUUUGUUUUGUUCCUCCAUUACUCCCAACUCCACCCUGCCUGUCCAUCGCUGUUACUGUUCUGUGUGUUGGCUUUGAUGACGGGGGAGGGGGGGUGGUUCCUUUGUACCUUGAGUCGUUGCCAAUCUCUUUAUGUUUAUUAUUUUGCAUUGAAUGUUAAUGUGAGGGUUUUUUUUUUUAUUCUUGUAGUUUAAUGGACCCGGCUCUAGUAUAGCUCCAUUUUGCACUGCACUGUCAUGCUGUGAAAAAGGACCUCGCCAAGUCCUGCAGGGAACGACGGCUGUGGAAAGCUCAGCACUUUGCUCUGCAAUCUGCUGUGCCCUACUUGCCACAAAUACAGAGAGGGGGGCUCUGCUCUGUGUGUGUGUAGUCCUGUUCUGUUUUGUUGUGGCUCAGCGUGAUUGAGAGACUCAUUGUUUGUACGGUGGGCCCGUUACCCUUGAAACGCGCUCGUGCACAGGCACAAUUUGACUCCGUUGUUGUCACCGGGUGUAUACUGGAAGCAGUUUAUCGUCAGUUUAAAUAAAAUGAGAGCAGCGGAGGGAGCAGAAAACGAGCAUCGGGGUGUUAAGGGAGUGAUGUAGUGGAAUGUGUUGUACCUGUCAGGGGAAACUGCAGCUGGGAAGGUCGGGGAAACCUUGGUGAAUGUGAAACGCAAAUAAAUCUUGGCAUUUUAAGAAAAUAAGCACGUGCUGAGCCCUCAGUUAUACACACGGAUAUGCAAGCUGUGGUUUCAAGCAGUAUAUGUAUGCAAACGGACGGCCAAUGCGCACACACGUGCAGAAAUGCGUGCACAUAAACACAGCUCCCCAUCAGCAGUGUUUGUGUGAAGGUGAACAGGCGGAGGAGGAGCUGAGGGGGAGGGAUGCAGCAGUUAAGCAGUAGGGAUUGUGAUAAAUGGCUUAGCAUGACUUUGACUAUGAAGGAGAGGUUUUCCUCUGCAUGGAGAGGAGAGAGGGCGACGGGAGAGAAGGGGAGAGGCAGCUCGAGGGUUCUGCUGCCUCGGCGGCGUCCGGGCUGUAUUGGCUUCGAGAGUGACACUUUAAAACCCAGAGCACGUUUCUGGUGAGCUUAAACAGUACUGAAGCCAAACCCUCACACUAUUCUCUCCCUCCUCUUGAAAUUCUUCAGUGAUCUCUGCUCCUCUGGCUGUGAACAAAGAAAAAACAGAAUAUACAUACAGUCCAGGUCGUCUCUUUUCCCAGCUGCAGCGACGUGGACAAAGAUGAAUGUUCUUUCACGGUGUGUGGCUUCUGUCACUUCAUCGGAUAGCGUGUCAGAUCUCUGGAAGUCUGCCGUUUCUAGCUAUGGUUUGCUUACCAGCCGGGUCCUCGUGAUCGUUGGUUAGUCGCUGCAGGGAAGGGCAACCCCCAGAUGUCCAUUUGAGCCGUCCAGCACUUUAUUACUGGGCUCCCGAUGCUGUGUGUCGGCCACAGGCACGAGCAUUAAACCAUUCCUUUGCCCUCUGUUUGGUAAUGGCACAUUUUAUUCAGCCGUCAGUAAAUGCUUUAGAGAUUGAAGCGGGAGCUUAAUUUGCAUUCAGAUGCAUCACGCUGGUGAGGAGGCACCGUCAGUGUUGUCCGUUUAUUUGAAUGUUUUCUAGACUUGUACGGAUAAGUGUUUUUGUAUAAGAUGACCCAAGGACCCUUGACUUGUGCACACGCUGGUUUGGCAAUGUGACAGCUUGUCAUAUGCAUGCAGGUUUUAUUUGUUUUUGUCUUCUUUUCAAGGGAACGGGUGGGGAGAUCCACAUCUCUGUAAAUGUUGACGAUUGUGAGGGAAAGCGGCAUUUAUAAUUUUUGUUUUGUAAUUUAUUUCCAAUAUUUCUAUAUUUUUGUUUUUGCAAAUGAUCACUUACAUUUGUAUGAGUAAGACAUGACAAGUCCAGGAAUAUGUAUAUAAAAAGUUCUUAUGUUCAGAUUCUUUGUUUAGUUUCUUACAUGCUGAGGUUAUUUUUUCAGAAAAUAACAUGAAUAUAUGCAAACUGAGACAAAAAUAAAGAUGUACAGAAUAAAGUAUUGAAUGUGUAUUGUACCUUGUACAGCAUUUGUCUAAUAAGACGGGUAAAUGUAUUCAUUCUUCAAGUUGGAUUUGGAGUUUAAGAUGUGAAUGUUUACAGUGGGUUUGUGUAGGAAAAGAUGGCUGAUCACUUCCUCUGUGCUCCCAGGGCAGUCUGGCAACACUACUCCCACAGGCAGUACAUUUAAACCAAAAAUCUCCACCUUUCGCAUCCUCUUUUUCAGUGCAAUGACCAUCCUGACUUAUGUGACUUCACUUAAUAUUGUGUGGCCACCAUGCCUGUUUUGUUUUUGUUUCGUUCUUUUUCCUGAAAGACCUUUUUUUUCCUAAAACCAUGAUAGCACCUAACCCAGAUAUAUUCAGAUUUACAUUAACAAAAUGUGUUUUAACCUCCCUCAUAUUAUAUUUCCCAUCAAAUGGAUCUUUUUUACCCCUCACUUUUUUUUUUUUUCCAUUGGGUAAUCUUCUCCCCAUCAUCCUUUGGUCCUGAUACUAGAGCCAUAUCCCAGACUGUCUUUGCUUACACAGAUGCUCACCCUUCUCCAGUGCAAUGUAAUGCCAUAAUUUAAAUUACCCUGAAGGAUUAAAGGGGUUACUACCUCUCUGCACCCUGGAAAAAAAAUCUAAUAUAUUUCCUCAAUAGGAAGACAGUGUUAACGGCAGGUUUAGAAGGAUGAGGGACAUGAAUGUGCUGUGAAUGUGACUCUGAUCUGUUGUUAGUUAACCCUGUUUGAGAUGGCCUGCGGGGGGGAAAAAAGGGGGAAACUGCUCAUUUUAUUUAGUCUAAGAGUCAGAGAUUUUUAGUCACACGCACGUUCGAAAUGACUCCUUUUCCUCUCUUCUUUUUCCGACAUUUGUCAGAUUAUUCAGCGCAAAAGAGGUGUGCUGUUAAAUUUCCUCUGCAUACAAAUGGGACUGUUGAGGCGAGCGGUCUGAGGGUGUGAAUGAUUAUUGUAAAAGCUGGUUUCCCCUCACAUCCUUAAGAAUCCAUCCGUGGUUUGUGUUUCACACUUGGAGCACAGAUUAUAGUGUUUUAAAUGCACCACAAAUCCGCUCUGAACGCAGGCUAUUCUCCAACCAGGGUUGAACGUGAAUGAAGAGGGGGGAAAAAAGAAUUUUGUAUUCUGAUGUCCUUUGCUUAUAUCGACGUGUGCGUUUUGUUUUGCACUUUGGAAUAUUUCAUUGUCAUAAAAGAAGUUUAUUUUCUAUGUAAGAUUUAACAUUUAAGAGUAAAAUAGAUAUAAUUAAAAGUUCAGAUGAUGUAUAAAUAUAGUGCUUUCUUUCCUGCCUGUAUUUUAUUAUUUUUCCUAUUUUGUAUCUGAUCUGUACACCCUGUAGAUGUGUAAUGAAUCUUUCACUACAGAAAUGCAAUGACCUGUUUUCUGUGCUGCCCCUCGGGAAUGGGGAGUUACUACUGCAGUUUCUUAUUGUAUCAGAUUCUUUUUUAAGUUUGUAAUAAAAAAAACAGAUUGGCA